AUGGAAACCGUAGAAGAAGGUACAGUGAAGACCGCCGUGAAGUGCAAAAACGGUUCCAUCCCCGUUAUUAAUUCAGCGUUUACUCACAUUUACAUGGUGCCGUCCCACUUGGUGGUGCAUGCUCCUUUUGUGAAAUCAGCGGCCACGCGGGCGAUGUUUUGCCGGAACUAUAAACGUUUUGAGGCGGACUCUUGUGCAGUGGGCAGUAAUUGCAGGUUUGUGCAUGCGGACGUGGACCUUGGAACACUGAAGGCGUAUGCGGUUCAUGUGAACUAUACAUGGCGUGAUGAAGAGCUCUGCAUGUACAAACGGUUACCGCCAGGUGGUUUUGUGGAAGUGUUGCUGCCGAAUAGCAAGCCUCCUGCAGUGAAGUUUCCAAGCGAGUGCAUUCUUGCGACUCGGGGUGCGUAUUCAGUAUCAAAAAUGAAGUCCCAAACACUCUCGCACUGUGCACACUACUACUUUAAUUACCUGUGUAACCGUGGCGAAGACUGCGGCUUUAUUCAUGCCGUGUACGUUGACCCAAGCAUCUCUGAGGUUUACAAGCGUGCAACGGGUCGCUCGCACCGCCAUUUUGUGCCAUAUGCGCUGAAAACGUCUACUGGGAGUGCCGUUAACGGCGACCACAAACAUCGUUCUCGCAAGGAGGAACUAACCGAUGUGCAGCCAAACCUUUCCAUGGUGGGUGGAGUUUCCAAAUCUGAUGGUACUGGUGAGGUUCUUUUGUCAACUCUCGUUGGUCAGGGCCCGAAUUCGUGGAGGGGACUGAACUGUUCCAUGGAGGGGAGCGGUGAGGGACCAUACAGCAGUUCAUCAGGUGAGGAAAUUGCAAAGGAGGUGGAAAAAUGGAUGAAUGGCGAUGACGCUUUGCGUACCGCGCCUGAGGUUCAACAUAAUGGACGUCCUUUGGACCGACGUACUUGCCGUGUGUACAGACAUGAUCCUUACCACUCUAUUUAG